AUGGCGGCCACACAGCAGAACAAGGACCAGUUCAGCACCUCUGAUAUCGAACUCAGUUUCGCCGACAGCGAGGAACGAACACGUCGUGAGUCGCAGAUCAGUACCGAUGCACCCCAGCUGGAACUCCUUCACCACUGCGAGCUAGAUGCCGCCAACUCAGACGAUUGUCUCCGCAGCUCACGCGAGAGAGUACCGAGUACUGCUUUGAACUAUGAGCUACCGAAUGCCCCUCUGCUUGAGAAGCAAUCUGACCUCCCUCUCGGGUGGCCAACAUCACCGCGACCCGUCAAGAUAUCCUUUGGUAGUGCCACCUGGAAGAUUCUUGUUGAUCUUCUCCUACUGGUUCUCUCACUCACAUUUCUUGCUUUUGCUCUAUUCGUCAUCUGGUACAACGACUUUCCUGAAAAUGCGGAAUUUCUCUACAUCGUGCCUAGCCCGUGGCUGUGGCUGCCUGAUUACGAAUUGUUCAAGCCCACCUUGGACAGCUCUUACCUCGCUGCCCUCAUGAGUCAGACUACUACACAAGGCUCUCCACGCGAUACCUGGGGUCACGUCAAGGUACCUCGGAUCGAGCAUUACGAAAGCACAUCCCCUCUCGGGGAUGAAGGCUGGUACAGUACAGAAAACAGCACUCUGGAAUCUUACUCUUCGUUCAUUGGUGUUCCCAUGAGUGGAAUGAAUUCACCGGAGUUCAUUGACUACUCCACCACGAUCCAGGCGAAGUACUUUCAUCUGGAAUGUGAUCGAUACCUCGAUGAUUCCGACGAUUGGGACGCCCAGUUCACAUUCAACACCACAAGGUGGCUGGGGUACGUGUAUUGGAACGAAAAUGUCACGAGCCGUGCCGAGAUCCCUCCCGAUGAAGUUGAGCCUUUCGCGUUCGUCAUUGUCAGCAACUCAUUACUGGGACUCAUCUGGGAUUGUACGAUUCAGACAACUAACGUCGAGGUCUUCAAAGCGCACUUCGGCUGGGUCAUUGCGCUUAUAGUCUCGUCGACCGUGCUCAUCGGAGCGAGCCUGGUGCCUUUUUACCUCCGCACCUUUCUCCCGCACGGCCCAGACGUGCUCAUGAACUUCUCUAGUCUGGCUGCGAGAGAUAAUCCUUACGUAGCUUUACCGGCGACGGGCACAUAUCCCGACGCAGCUGAUCGAUCGCGAUUGCUGAAGGACGUGCGCAUACGUUUUGGAGAUGUCGAAGAGGGCGGUGAGAUCGGGAGGUUGGCGAUUGGACGGGCGGACGGGGAUGUUGCGCCGCUGAGGAAGGAGAGGAAGUAUGCGUAA